AAUAGCAGUCGAGCAGAAAAUCAUAUAAAAGUCAUUCUUACAAGCAACCGGUACAAGUGGUACCCAGGCCGCACGAUGGUCAUGGAGGUGAAAGUUGCGUUGCUGAUCUUUGCCUUCAUAUCCCUUGAGAUGAUCGUGGAUGCGGAAUUAUUUUACAAUCCAAUGCUAAUGACGAACGCACAGCUUGAAGAGCACGGCUUAAAAUGCUAUCCUGGUCAUACUGUUAUAAAAAUAGAAGAGAAAUCAUUAAUAACCAAUGAUGAGAACUCUGAAGAAGAAACUAGAAGAUCGCAUAUGAAUGCCGAAGCUAAAGAAGAAAGCUGCAAGAUUUGUGUGUGUUCUACAGAUGGGAAGGACGAAUAUUGUAGUCGGAGACCUGCUAGGAAUGUUAAUGAAUGCCUUCGGAUGGGAACUUUGAAGAAAAACAUGGAAAGGAAUUUGCCUUUUGCGCACGAAAGAUCAUUGGCGUUUAGGAUUAGGCGAGUUGGUGAUGAGAGCGGUGAUGCAAAAUGCAUACCAUUUGUGUCCCAAUAUUCUGAUUGUUCAGAAGCUAAUUCAUGUUCUGGCUGCAACCGAUGUUCUUGCUCAGCGGAGGGCGAGUGGCAGUGCGAAUCUGUAUUUGACUGUUCGGUUGAUGAUGAAGACGUUUUAUCAGACAGACAAACAUUCAGUACUGCCGUUGAUGUUAUGUUCACAGAAUUAAAAAAGAAGGCUAAGAAAAAAACUCAAAGCCAACUUGUACCCGAUCCUCCGAAAACUGGAGAUGAAUUAUUAGUUCCAGACGUUAAUCGUUAUGAAGAAGAUUUUGCAACAUACAUGUCUCGCCAAAAACGCUCUGUUGAUGAGCGAUCAGGUGAUAAGAAGAACAAAAAUCAUACUAUAAGCUUUUAUCAUACAGGAGACGACAUAAAUGAAGAUACAUUAAGAGGUACAAAUCAUACAGGAACAAUUUCAGCCAGUAAAGUGGAUAUGAAAAGUAUGCCUAAAAUAUCACGACGGACGGAUAUUAUCGAUCACUUCAAUAAAUCUGAUAUAAGUCCUCUGCAAAUUGAAUAUAAUCCUCAGGACUAUGAUCACCACAUUACUGAAAACAAGAUUGAAUCGACACCCCAAGCUCAAGAUUUGAAUCAUUUAAAUAAUGGCAAGCUUCGUAAUAUCAUUGGUAAUUAUUCACAAAGUAUGAAGAACAAAGAUUUAUCGAAGCUCGUUGUGACUGAGCUAAAACAUGGUACGGAAGUGAUAGGUGAUAAGAAUGUCCCGCCAAUGUCUAACAUUACUUUUACACCUGAAAAUGACACUUUAACUGCAAUGACAUACAUAGCGGGCAAUCUCCUCACUAAACUAUGGGACAUGGAAAAAGAGUCUACUGACGCGUCAAUCGAAGUCGAAUCAAUGAAACACAAAAAAAUUAACGAUUUACUUGAACUUUUUAAAGAACCACUUAGUAUACGACAAGAAACUUUUCUUAAGAAUGCUCUUAAAAAAUUAUCAGAUACUCUAAAUAGAAAUAAAAACACCAAAAACGUUUCGUUUUGUGAAACAAUAGCAGAAAAAGAUAUUUCCAGCGAUGAAAAUACAAAUAUAAAAGAGACCCACAACAUUACAAUGACAAAUUGCAGAAAAGCAAAAAUGGAUAAAAAGCAAGAAGAAAAAGAAACCACUACUGACGUUAUAUCAAAGUUGAAUAACGUUUUAAGUUUAAUGAAAAAGUUUGAACAAGUUCAAAAUAGUAUAAAAGACUUAAAGCAUCAUACGCUCAAUGUUCAACCUGAUGAAUUAGACAUAAAUAGUGGUGGUGGCACCGCGAGUGCUGAGAUGAAGAAUGUUGAAAAUUCUUCUCUUAAUUUGUUUGGCCAUCUAUUAGAAAAAAUUACAAAACUUCUUAUUCCCAACAAUGCGAGUAAAAAAUACACGAGUAAAAUCAAAAAUCUAAACCAGUUUAACGGAAAGGACAAUGUGAAAGGUGUUAUCGAAGAUAAAUUUAAAAUUGAUUUGAGAAAUACAAAUAUGACAAUUAAAGAUAAAUUAAUUUUUGACUAUUUAAAUCAUAUAAGAAAUAAUCCUAACUGCUUACUCAGCCAAAUACAGGAAAAUAAAGAUGAACGAAAUAUCAAUAUCGAAGGAGACAUUCUGUAUAACUUAUCAGAUUUUUUUAGAAUAAAAUCUCUUUUUGAUUUAAUUAAAUUAACGAAACCUGAGACAGAAAGAACUCAGGCUAUAUCAACUGCUGAAACAUAUAAAGAAGAGUCCGCAGCGAAAGUUGUUUUACGAGAUACUACAAGUAAUGUAACAAACAAUGUUUCUCAAAAAAUAAACAUAACUAAAGAAAAACUCAAAGGUCAUUUAAAAGCGAUUAUUGAUGACCUCCUUGAGUUGCAAAACGAAAACGAUCCAAAAUCAAAAAGUAAAAUAAACAUACUCGAUGCUCUCCCUUGUAUCUAUAAUAUAUUAAAUGCAGACAAACUUAAUAAUGAUAAAAAUACAAAGAAAAAAGUUGAUUCUGAUCCUUUAAGUAAAAUAAAGAAAUUAAUAGAUUCAUUAAAAAUUGAAUUAACAUCAAACACUCUAACGCGUAGAAAUAACGUAGUAUCCACUGAAAGACCUCAUUCCGCAAAAGUUUUAGAGAGGAUAUUAAGAAACGUAAAUAAAGACCUCAUACCAACACGUAGAAAUUUUAAUUACAAAAGACCAAAAACGCUUGAAGAGUUAAAAAAUAUUAUGGAAAAAAUAGAGUUAUCCAGCAACAGUUAUAAAAAUUUUGCUUUGCUUGCAGUCAUACCUCCGCAAAAACGCCUUAUGUUAUUGAAAACUCUAGAAGCAGAUACGAAACAAAGUAUACUUGCGUUAAAAAAUAUCAAAGAUUCUCUAGAUACUAUAUCUAAACUGCCUGUGUAUAAACAAAACGAUUUCGAAGAAUUUAUUGACAACGCUGAGAAUAACAUCAAUCUGAGUGUAAAAGUAUUAAAUAAUUUAGGAAAAUCAAUGCAAAAAAAUAACGCAAAAGAUAUGGUCGAGGUUUUCGCGCCAGAUAAAUAUGAAGCUAUUAACAGACAAACAGUGCAAAUGGCUGAUACAAACCCAGAACUAGAUACGAAUUAUAAAAAUAAUGAUAUUAAACUGACCCGAGAUCAAAUCUUAAGUAUAUUAAUAGAAAAUCGCAUUAAGCUUUAUUUAGCAACAAAGGAAGCAACAAACGCAGAUCUUACUGAUGAUAUUAAUUACAAUAUUGGUAAAAGAAUUAUAUCCUUAUUACGACAGGGUAACGUGAUUGUCGCCAAAGAGCUCUUUAAAGUUUUUAUAGCUAACAAACGCGAAGGAUUGAAGGGUGAUCCAGCAGCGUCAAUUACAGCAAAUAAUGUCAAAGUGAAGAGUCCCCUUUUAAUGGCGCUUAAGGAACCACUUAUAAGAUUUGAUAAUAAUGCCAAGAAAAUGCAAUUGAAAACGCCCGAGUUGCUAUUUACACAACUACUAAAUCUAAAAAAGAUAACAUAAAAAAAUGUCUUUAUUUAAAUUAUAU